AUGAUGUUUCCGUCCUACGUGAAUCUCCUUGUCUUCUCAUGCCUCUUGACAUUAAUUGCUGGUGGAAAUAUCGAGCAAACUGCCUUACGUGGCGUUCAGACUUCAUUACUUUCAAUGUACGUUCCAUCCAAACCGUUCACCUGUCUCGACAGAUCUAUGACCAUUCCAUAUGAAUUCGUCAAUGAUGAUUACUGUGAUUGCCGAGAUGGUAGUGACGAACCUGGUACAUCUGCUUGUCCAAAUGGACGAUUCUUUUGUGAAAAUAAAGGCUAUGUCGGAACAUUGAUUCCAUCUCAUUUUGUUGGUGAUGGCAUCUGCGAUUGUUGUGAUGGUUCUGAUGAAUAUGAAACGAAUGUUGUUUGCAAUAACACAUGUUUUGAAUUGGCGCAGAGAAAUCAAGCUGAACGCGAAGCAAAACGUGCACUACAUGAAGCGGGUGUAGCCAAAAAGAAAGAAAUCAUCGCGCACUCCAUUGCGAUUAAAUCUGAACGACAAAAACGUUUGAAAGAACUAGAAAACGAAAUACAAGUUGCUGAAAAAUUAAAACGUCAAGCGGAAGCACCUGAAAAGGAAGCGAAGGAUAAAUAUCAGAAACUAUGGGAAGAACAACGUGCGAAACACGAAGCUAUCGUUCGUAACCGUGAAAUACGUGAAAUGUUUGCUGAUUUAGAUACGAAUGGAGAUUCACUAGUAUCGAUUGAUGAAUUACAAAAACAUACAGAACUUGACCUCGAUUCAGAAAAUGAAUUUACCAACGAAGAAGUUCGAACAAUUCUCGGUGCAGAUUCGGUGAAUUUGAAUGACUUCAAUACAACAGUAUUUGAUCAGAUAUCAAAUUCGUAUAAAAAGUUGCCCGAGCCACCGCGACCAACACCAGAGCCAACACCACUUCCUGAACCAUCUCAAGGUUCUUUUGCAACUCCAUCGCCACCAUUAGAAACUUCUGACGACGAACAGAACAAACCAUCUCAUCGUCACGAAGAAGAUCACGAAAAUUCUCAACAUUCGUCAUCAAUACCGACUUCUCUUGAACAUGAAAAACACAUUCACGAUGAUACACCGCCUGAAUACGAUGAUGAAACGAAACGAUUGAUACAAAUAGCAGAUCAUGCUCGGAACGAAUUCAAUGCAAUUGAAGGAAAAAUUCUAAAUAUCAAACAACAGAUUGAAGAUUUGAAAAAACAAUCCGGUGUUGAUACAGGACCGCAAGGAGAGUAUUCUGCAUUUAUCGAUCAAUGCUAUGAUUACGAAGAACGCGAAUACACCUAUCGAGUAUGUAUGUUCAAAGAUGCGAAACAAAUUCCAAAAGGUGGUGGCAGUGAAGUAACCAUUGGCUAUUGGGAUUCGUGGUCUGGUCCAACAGAAAACAAAUAUCUACGCAUGAAAUAUGCCAACGGCGCAACAUGCUGGAAUGGUCCACCCCGUUCAUUAACAGUCACUUUUCGAUGUGGAAUUGAACAUAAAGCAGUCGAUGUUCGAGAACCGAGUCGUUGUGAAUAUGCAAUGAUAUUUGAAACUCCAUCAGCAUGUGAUGAAACAGUAGCCGGAACAACUUCACAUUCUACUCAUGUAGAAUUUUAA